CCGAAUCCAACUCAACGUGCCCGUUCCGCGCACCGAAGCCAAUAAUUUAUAAUUUCAUUGAAAUAAUAAAAAAUUUUAAUUAAUGGAGGGAGUUGGCGCCAGAUUUGGCCGUUCAUCGACCCGGUACGGACCGGCCACGGUGUUCAGUGGACCGGUCAGGAAGUGGAAGAAGAGGUGGAUCCACGUGUCUCCGUCGAACAACAGCAGCAAUAACAAUCAUCAUCACUCGCAUCAAAAUCAACAUCACCACCGCGUCACCAACGUGAACGGCUCUAAUGGUAACGGAAGUAACGGCUCGCAUCUGUUGCUGUACAAGUGGACGCCACUCUCAGAGAGAGACAACAACGGUAACGGUAAUGAGAAUAGUAACAACGCUAAUGUAGAGAAGAGUUCUGUUAAGGAUGAUACGACGCCGGAGGAGCCUCCUAGGCGUAAAAUCAAAUACAUUCCGAUUGCUGUGCUAGAGGAACAAAGUAGGGCUGCAGAAAACUCUGACAAUGAAGCAAAACCUACUGAUACAGAACCAAGAACAGUGGAGCCAGCUCCCAGGAGGGAUGGUUUUGAUGAAAAGCCUGACAUUAAUGAUGUACCUAUGGAGGAAAAUCAGGAUGAUGAACAGGUAGUACGUCAGGAUUUAAACGAAAGCACUCUGGAUUUGAGUUUGGGUUUGAAGGCACAUGAUAGUGACUCCAAGUCAAAGACGGAUUUGAGCAGAGAUGGGAAGUCGAGAAGACUGAAUUCGAGUAAGUAGGCCUUCUGAAGGUUCUGUUUUGCUGCAGAGAAUGUCAGAAAAAUACCCUUCUAUGUUUUUGAAAUGGAGAUCCAAUUUUUUCCAGGGCUCUGAUCUUGCCACUGACUGUCACAGUGAACUAUUUAUUAUUUAAUUGAGUGGCUUGACCUUGUAUUUUUAGUUACCUUAUCGGAAGCUUUUCUGCCA